AUACCAUUUUGACAAUCAGCUGUUAAGUAAUCGAAAUGUGUGUGUGGGUGGGUGAAUGGAUUGUGUAAAAUCUUAUGACGAAAAUGUAAUAAAUUAGAUAUAGAAUUGUUUAAAACUCUACUUCCUGAUUUACGUAAAAACCGGAACAAGUGCGAUGUUUGCCCGCUUAGCAUAUAGACGACCGCUGGUGUUGAUAACACAAAAAUGUCUACUCGACGUAAGCCCAAGCUCAAGGAAAUUACCACAACUAUGCAGGCAACGACUUGCGCCAUUCCAGAUACGUGAAUUCUAUCAAAAACGUAGUGAAAGUUCUACUGAUGCUACGCUAACUCGAAAUAUUUGGAAUAAAAUUUUCGGAAAAUAUUUGUUAGCUACCAAUAUUCUGAGUUCGGGUAUUUUGAUGGUAAUUGGAGAUUUGGUUGCACAAGAAAUCGAGUAUCGUCGACGUCGCAACGAAUUUGAUGAAUUUGAUAUCAAACAAGAUCGGUAUGACACAAAGCGGGUUUUCCGCAUGUUCGUGGUCGGAUGUUUGCAAGGACCGCUACACCAUUAUGUUUACAAGUGGAUGGACUAUGCGAUGCCAGUGGCUAACGUACGGAAUACACUACGGAAAAUUCUCAUUGACCAAAUAUUUAUGUCACCAGCUUGCAUUUUGAUAUUUUUCUAUUCUGCUUGCUAUCUCGAGCAGAGGUCUGUGCAGGACACAAAUAAGGAGUUGUGUGAUAAAUUUCCAAUAAUUUAUCUAAUGGAUUGGGCUAUGUGGCCCGCAGCACAGUAUAUAAACUUUAGAUAUUUGGAUACAAAAUAUCGUGUUAUGUUCGUAAAUGUUUGCACAGCUGUUUACAAUAUAUUCCUUUCAUAUAUGAAGCAUGAUUAUUGAGGGAAAUAUUUUCUAGUAUUCCUUGUAACACACAUUGUGAUGUCGUACCUAAUACUAAAUAUUAUUUAUAAAUAAACAAAUGUGUAAAUUGUUAGAGGCUAUAACAGAAUUAAAUGUCGAUAUUGUUGU